UGGGCUGUGUGGUGUGUGGAGGUCCCGGCGGUACCCAGAGAUCGACUAUAAUGAACUUUGCUCUAAUCGGGAGGGUGCUUGCUGGAGAUUGCAAGUCCAACUCGUGAUCAGGCCGUGAGUGAAUUACACAUUUGUAAAAUGGCGUUGGUCCGAGAGAAACAGGGAGGCGAGUCACUCUUCCCAUUCUUUGAUAUCAGAGGCUCUCCAACUCUAGACUCGGGGGGGUGCAAUGUCAACUCCACUCUCCCCAAAAUGGCCGCCACCAAUACGAGGUGACGUGCUGGAUCUCGACACUAGAAGGGCGUCUACUGGAGCAAGUGCCUCCCGUAGCCAACCCACAGAACAGCACCAUGAGCCCUCACGUGGAACCCGUUGCCCUCUCUGACGGCGCCAUCCACGACCUACUGCAGAACCCUAGCACACGCCUGCUGGGGGAGGGGGGCUCCUGCUCCGUCUUCCUGGUCAACUACAAGGGCGCCUCGUGCUGCCUCAAGCUGUCCACACUCAAGGGGAACACAGCCUUUGUCUACGAGGCCCGCACGCUGCUCGCCCUCGACGGGGCCGGUGGCGCCCCGCGGCUGCUCGGCGUCAGCGACGGGAAGGGCCAGGAACUUGCCCUGCUCACCACAUAUUGCGGUGAACACACCUUCGACGACCUCCCGCGCCUGGCGCCCACCGACGCCGAAAUGCUGCACGCCUCCCUCGAGCUGUGUAGCGCCCUGCAGCAGGUCCACGCCCGCGGUGUCGUGCACAACGACAUUAAGGCCAACAACGUGGUGGUGCGACGCGACCCUGACAACGGUCGCCUGCACGUCUCCCUCAUCGACUACGGCCUGGCGCGAGGCAAGGGCCUCACGCUCUUCUACGAGCCAUACGAUCAUUCUUUGGUGCCCUGGAUGGCCCCCGAGGUGGUCGAAUGCCAGCCCUGCCUGCCUGCAGGCGACGUGUAUUCCCUGGCCUGUCUGCUGGACGAAAUCCUGUACAGCUGCACUGCUGUGUACCCAGACCUGAUGGAUGUGGUCCUGAGCGCCCUGUCGCCGAGCCCCGAGGAGCGCCCCUCCGUGCGGGCCGUCGCCAAGGCGGUGCAGCGGUGCCUCGCCCCGCACAGCCGCUCCUUCAGGUCCCGGCUCCGUUCAGUCUUCAGUGGGUUAAAGAACACCUUCAGCAGCUGCCUGCUACUCCGCAGCAGGGGACGCGGCAACACCCCAGUGUCCCUGACAGCCAACAGGGCACACGCCAACGCCUCAGCGUCCGCGACAAAAACCUCGGCGUCCGAGACAGCCUUGUCGACCGUGACACACCACUGAGCAGCGCUCAGAGGAACUUUCCUUACGUAUUUACAACACAGGCACAAAGGCACAAAGGCACAAGGGCAAACCCCCCCCCUACCUCCGCUGAGCACUAGGAAGAAGCUUUACGGAUACCAUUACCAAGCCUAAGGAAACAAUUCUCAU